UUAUGUUUCGUUCCAAAACAGACCAAAAAAAAAAAACACACACACACGAGCAUUUCUUCUGAAGUGGGAGAGAAAGACCUCUCUCUCUCUCUCUAAGCUAAAACUCUCGUUAUUACUAUCUCUUUCUCUCUCCCAGAUCCAAUCUCCGUCUUCCUCUUUCUCUUUCCGUUCAGAUCUCUCCGACGACCUAUUUGGAUCUCCGAUUCGCUCUUCCUGCUAUCCACUUUUCGCACUUCAAAUCUCCAAUCCUUUACUCCUACUAAUUCAUCGCUUGCGGAUCUGAUUUUGAGCUUUCUGACAGCUUCACCGCGGAUUCAGUCAUGAAUCCAUUCUCCUCCGGUACCCGUUUGAGGGACAUGAUUCGGGCUAUACGUGCUUGUAAAACUGCAGCAGAGGAACGGGCUGUUGUACGGAAAGAGUGUGCUGCUAUUCGUGCUUCAAUCAAUGAAAAUGAUAAUGACUAUCGGCAUCGCAACCUGGCUAAGCUCAUGUUCAUUCACAUGCUUGGUUACCCAACACAUUUUGGUCAAAUGGAGUGUUUGAAGUUGAUAGCAGCUGCUGGUUUUCCUGAAAAGAGGAUUGGAUAUCUUGGCCUCAUGUUGCUUCUUGAUGAAAGACAAGAAGUUCUUAUGCUGGUCACCAAUUCAUUAAAACAAGAUCUAAAUCACUCAAACCAGUACAUUGUGGGUCUUGCUCUUUGUGCUCUGGGAAAUAUUUGUUCAGCAGAAAUGGCUCGUGAUCUUGCACCAGAAGUAGAAAGAUUGAUGCAAUUUCGAGAUCCAAAUAUCAGGAAGAAAGCUGCAUUAUGCUCUAUACGGAUCGUAAAGAAAGUCCCAGACUUGGCAGAAAAUUUCAUAAAUCCUGCUGCUUCCUUACUUAAAGAAAAACAUCAUGGAGUUUUAAUAACAGGAAUUCAACUUUGUAUAGAUCUGUGUAAAGUCAGUGAGGAAGCCCUUGAGUAUUUGAGAAAGAAAUGCACAGACGGGUUGGUUAAAACACUAAAGGAUGUUGUGAACAGUCCUUAUGCCCCUGAGUAUGAUGUUGCUGGCAUCACAGAUCCCUUCCUGCAUAUUAGAUUACUACGGCUUUUGCGUGUGUUGGGUCAAGGAGAUGCAGAUGCUAGUGAUUGCAUGAAUGACAUACUUGCUCAGGUGGCCACCAAAACAGAAUCAAACAAAAAUGCAGGGAAUGCAAUUUUAUAUGAAUGUGUAGAAACCAUCAUGAGUAUAGAAGAUAAUGGUGGCUUACGUGUACUUGCAAUCAACAUCUUGGGAAGAUUCUUAUCGAACCGUGACAACAAUAUCAGAUAUGUUGCAUUAAACAUGCUGAUGAAGGCUAUGACAGUAGAUACUCAAGCUGUACAAAGGCAUCGGGCAACAAUUUUAGAAUGUGUAAAGGAUUCAGAUGCUUCUAUCCGAAAAAGGGCUUUGGAACUUGUUUACCUUCUUAUAAAUGAGACCAACGUCAAACCCUUAACAAAAGAAUUAAUUGAUUAUUUGGAAGCAAGUGAUGAAGAAUUCAAGGAAGAUCUUACAGCAAAAAUAUGCUCCAUUGUAGCAAAGUUUUCCCCAGAGAAGAUAUGGUACAUUGAUCAGAUGCUUAAGGUUCUCUCAGAGGCUGGAAAUUAUGUAAAAGAUGAUGUAUGGCAUGCCCUUAUUGUUGUGAUAAGCAAUGCUUCUGAUCUCCACGGGUAUACGGUCAGGGCUUUGUACAGAGCAUUCCAAACAUCAUCUGAACAGGAAAGUCUUGUUCGAGUGGCAGUUUGGUGCAUUGGUGAAUAUGGUGACAUGUUGGUGAAUAAUGUUGGCAUGCUGGACAUAGAAGAUCCAAUAACAGUAACAGAAUCUGAUGCUGUGGAUGUUGCAGAGACUGCAAUUAAGCGUCAUAAGUCAGAUCUUACCACUAAAGCAAUGGCUUUGAUUUCUCUGUUAAAGCUGUCUUCACGUUUUCCAUCUUGCUCAGAGAGGAUCAAAGAGAUAACUGUUCAAUACAGAGGAAACCUUGUUCUUGAAUUGCAGCAAAGAUCCAUUGAAUUUAAUUCUAUUAUUGCGAAGCAUCCGAAUAUUAGGUCUGCACUAGUAGAACGGAUGCCAGUUUUGGAUGAAGCAACUUUUAUGGGCAGGAGGGCAGGUUCUAUGCCAUCUUCUGUGUCAACUUCCACUGUGUCUUCUAUCAAUCUACCAAACGGAGUUAACAAAACCUCUGCGGCUCCACUGGUGGAUUUGCUUGAUCUGAGUUCGGAUGAUGUUCCUGCACCUAGCCCUGGGGGUGGUGAUUUUCUUCAAGAUCUUCUUGGUGUUGAUGUAUCACCAUCUUCAAAUCAACCUGGUACAAAUCAUGCUGUGCAAAAUGGCACUGACGUCCUUCUGGAUCUUUUAUCUAUUGGCACACCUCCUGCUCAAAACAUCUCAUCAACACCUGAUAUCUUUUCCUCCGUUCAAGAUAACAAAACACCAUUGGCGCCACUAGACUUACUCUUAUCUCCAUCUCAUUCUACACAAGCCACUCCUCCAAGAGAUGCUUCUGUAAUUGAUUUGUUGGACGACUUUGGAGCUAAGCCUCCAGUAGUACCUGAGAACAAUGGUUCAGCUUUUCCAUCUAUAGUUGCUUUUGAGAGCAGUAACUUGAAGGCAGUUUUCAACUUCUCAAAGACACCCGGAAACCCACAAACAACACUAAUUCAGGCUACAUUUACGAAUCUGUCAUCCGACAUCAUUACCGAUUUUAUUUUCCAAGCAGCAGUUCCAAAGUUUCUCCAACUGCACUUGGAUCCAGCAAGUGGCAAUACACUGCCUGCAAAUGGUAAUGGUUCCAUGACACAAAAUUUAAAAGUUACCAACAAUCAACAUGGAAAGAAAUCUCUUGUGAUGCGCUUAAGGAUCGCUUACAAGAUGAACAACAAAGAUAUAUUGGAGGAAGGACAAGUGAAUAACUUCCCUCGCGGUUUAUAAGGUUUGGAGUUGGAGAUCUUCAAAAGACACUAAAUUAAAUCCGGUGUUUUCUCCUAACAGUCGUCUAUAUAGGGGACGUGGUUGGGUGGUGGAUUUCGAGCCUGAUUUUGCUCGACUCGAGAGUAUGGCUUCUUUUCUUUUUCUCUUUCUUUUUUCUUUUACUCUUUUCUCAUUUAGGUGGUUGAUGAUGUACAUUAGUACAAAUUUUAUUCCCGUGUGGAAUUGUGGGAACUGAAUUUUGCCAUUUUGUGCACACAACAAAAGAAAAAAAAAAGAAGAGAGCUCAUGAAUCAUAUCGAUAACUUGAGAUGCUAUUUUUUCUUUUCUUAGUUUGGAUUUGAUCAUUAGGGUUUAUUGUCUUGUUUGGAAGCUGAUUUUAAUUCGAGUCGUAUCGUAUAGUAUUAUAUUCAAUUUUCAUGUACCAUUUUCCUUUACUGUUAAUGAAAUGUAAGGUUAUAUUA